UGUACAGAGGGGCAAGAUAUUAGGGACCAUGUAAAACGAGUCUGCUCCUCUCCACAGACCAGCAAUGAUGUGGAGACAAAGCCUUUAGUCACAAAUGAUCUGGAAUGUUGCUUUACCAGCUAAAGGCCCCCAGUCGGAUUUCAACAAUCUGCAGGAGAUGAUAGAACUUUGCAUGUUCCUCUUCUGAAUGGUUUCUGAAGAAAAGCCAAUGAAAAAGACAAUGUCCCUGACUAUUUGACCAGACCGCAAGCCCAUCCUGAAGAUGUGUUCUACAAACCCAGGCAGCUGGGUCACCUUCGAUGAUGACCCUACUUUUCGGUCUUCUCAGAAUAGAAAGGACUUUUCUCUGGAGACUCGAGGUGUUUGCAGACCAAAUGAACUGAAGCUGAACCUUCCUGGCCUCAGGGACCUUCCCAGUGCUCCGUCCUCCACCAGCAGCACCCCCCUGUCCUCUCCCAUGGUGGAUUUUUACUUUAGUCCAGGACCCCCAAGCAAUUCCCCUCUUUCUACACCUACCAAAGACUUCCCAGGGUUCCCUGGCAUCUCCAAAGCAGGGACACAUGUGCUUUAUCCUAUUCCAGAGUGUUCUUCAGGCAGUCCCCCCACAACAGCGGGAGGAGUAAGUCCCCCACUAUCACUUACUAAGCCAACCUACUCAACCCAUGCAUUAUUACCCAGUGGCCCCUCGCACACUCAGCUACCUCCCACACAUGGGCUUACAGAAGACGCCAGCCCUCAGUGGGUCCAGAGUGAGGCUCAGCAGUUUGAAUAUUUUCAGGAUGAUUGUGCUUUUUCCAACCCAUUUUGGAAAGAUGAAGGUAGCACUUCUCAGUUUCCCUUUGACUCCCUGGCAAACAGAAAGCCGUUCUCCCCAAGGGACAAGGAGGUACCUAUUGAUCAAAAAAGCCUAAACCAGUGCUCACUUAACUACGUCUGUGAGAAGCUCGAACACCUGCAGUCAACUGAGACCCAAGACCCUCUUGGAAAUUUGUCUAUGCAGAGUCCAUAUGCUGAGGACACAGUCUCUUUUGUCCCACACACCCUCUUCCGGAGUCAGCCCAAAGCUGGAUGGUCCCUCAUGUUGAGGAUUCCUGAGAAGAAGAACAUGAUGUCUUCCCGGCAGUGGGGACCCAUUUUCCUAAAGGUUCUUCCAGGAGGAAUCCUGCAGAUGUAUUAUGAGAAGGGGCUAGAAAAACCAUUCAAAGAGUUCCAACUCAAUCCGCAUUGUAGACUUUCUGAGCCCAAACUUGAGAACUUCAGCAUGGCAGGAAAAAUCCACACUGUGAAGGUGGAACAUGUGUCCUACUCAGAGAAAAAGAAAUACCAUUCCAAGACCGAGGUGGUUCACGAGCCGGAAGUAGAGCAGAUGCUGAAGUUUGGGUCCACGGAACACCGUGACUUCCUUGAAUUUCUGACCACUGUACAAGAGGAGCUAAUAAAGCUGCCAGCCACUGCAAAACUGAAGAGCAGAAACUACGAGGAGCAAGAAAUUUACCUGGACAUCCUGGAUAGCUUCUGGGGUAAAGUAACCAAAGAGGAGGGGAAGCUGGUAGAAAGCGCUGUGAUAACUCAGAUCUGCUGCCUCUGCUUCCUAAACGGGCCACCGGAAUGUUUCUUAGCCUUAAAUGACCUUGAGCUCCAGAAACGAGAUGAACGAUAUUUUGAGAAAGAACCGGAAAAAAGGGGGAUUGAUAUUCUUAACUACCAUUUUCAUACGUGUGUAAAAGCUGAAGAGUUUGAACAGUCCAGAAUCGUUAAGUUCCUACCUCUGGAUGCUUGCCGGUUUGAGCUGAUGCGGUUCAAAACCUCGUAUCAAGGGGAUGAGCUUCCCUUUGCAGUGAAGUCCACAGUGACUGUCCAGGGAGCCUAUGUCGAGCUGCAGGCCUUUGUCAACAUGACCCCAGCAGCUCAGAGGUCACCCCAUGAGGGUUCCCCGAAGAGCUGUAACAAUAUUAUGAUUCAUUUUCCUGUCCCAGCUCAGUGGAUCAAGGCCCUCUGGACCAGGAACCUUCAGAGGCAGAAGUCCCUGAAAGCCAAAAUGAACCGUCGGGUGUGUCUGGGGAGUUUACAGGAGCCUGAAUCUGAACCUGUUAUUCAGGUCACGGUGGGGUCAGCAAAAUAUGAGAAUGCCUACCGGGCUGUGGUGUGGAAGAUAGAUCGACUUCCGGACAAAAACUCAAGUCCUGAUCAACCCCAUUGUCUGUCAUACAAACUAGAACUUGGAUCAGACCAGGAGGUUCCCUCGGAUUGGUAUCCGUUUGCUACUGUCCAGUUUUCCAUGUCUGAAGCCGGUGCCUCAAGGACAGAGGUGAGGUCUCUGGGAGUGGAGAGUGACGCCCAGCCUCAGAAGCACGUGUGUCACCGAGCUUGCUACAACAUCCAGGUUGAAAUAGAAAAGAAGUGGAUUCAAGUAGAUGGAGAAGACCCAAAUAAAGCGGGUGGCUGUAUGACUCAGUAAAUGGUGACACCGCUCGGGUCAAACACAGAGCUUACACACAGGGCAGGACAUCUGCUGCUGUGUGGUGGGACUGAGUAGCAGCCUUAAGCCAGAGAUCCAGGGAUGAGUCCUGAAACAGGCCAUCUGCCUGUUACUCUUCUGAUGCUCUGGAAUGUGUCUAUGACUCGUACCAGUUACAUCUUGUUGAAACUUGGAGGCACUGCUAUCUGACAUGAGACCUGCUGGCCAGUUUGGUUGAAGGGUAUUUGGAUUACUCGGUGACUGUUUUAUAAUCUGAGUUAUGUGGUUCCCCAUCUCCUGUUUUCUGUGUGGGACAAUUUGAAAGGAUGGGAAGAGUUAGGAGGUGUGGCUUUGUUGGAGGAAGUGUCACUGGGGGUGGGCUUUGAGGUUGUAAAUGUCCAAGCCAGGCUCUCUCUCUCUCUCUCUCUCUCUCUCUCUCUCUCUCUCUCUCUCUCUCUCUCUCUCCUUCUCUCUCUGCCUUCAAAUCAGGAUGUAGUACUCAGCUACUGCUCCAGCAUUGUGAGGAUCUCCCCACCCCCCUACCAUGAUGAUAAUGUGCUAACCGUCUGAAAAUGUAAGCAAGCCAGUAAACAGCAUCCUCCAUGGCCUCUGCAGCAGCUCCUGCUUCCAGGCUCCUGCCCCGUUUGAGUUCUUGUCCUGACUUCCUUUGAUGAUGUACUGUGUUGUAGAAGCGUAAGCCUUUCCUCUUCAGCCUGUUUUUGUCAUGGUGUUCUAUCACAGCAAUAGUAUCCUUUACUAGGACGUUAGCUGAGAGUGUUUUCAUUAGCAGAUGUGCAAAGUGGAAGAAAAUGUAUGUGUAAUUCUAGUUCAACUGUAGGGUCGGAGAAGUGGCUUGCCACUCCAGUCUCUAGUGAGGUGCCAGCAGCAUGAGCAGCUGUAACUCUGCUUGGCAUUACUUUUACUACUUACCAGGAUAAGUCAGUAUCCUAAACCUUAGGAAAUUUAUGUUUUGAGGAUUUCUUUGUUUUUUGUUUUGAUAAAGAGUCCUUCAUGCUGUGUUAAUGUGCAUCCAACUCAUGGCGAGCCUUCUCUGUGACACGAGGCUCUCUUCCCCAUGCACUAGGUUUGUUCUGAGUAAAAACGUUAUGAGCAGCUGUUCCAAACCACAUUUGCUUGUUGUCCUAUAGAAUCUAUUUCAUGCAUUUAUGUUUUGUUACAUUCACUUUCAUCUAUUCAAAUAGAUUAAAACAAACACUCAUGAUGGUUUGUACCAAUCAAACUUUAUUGCUCUCAUCAUUUUACUGUAAAGGCACAGAAAACAAAAGUCAAUGAUAAGAAUGAGUUAUAUUGCUCUAUUUUAACUGUGUGAUACAUCACUCAUAAUGUUUGCUUGAAGCUCAUUGUUGAUGUAUAUGUAUGUUAGUAUGAAUUUGAUUAAAAAAACCACCAUCAUUCCUUAUGUUCUGGAGCAGGCACACCUCACUUUAGUCUGCUUGGAACAAACACGGAAACUGUUGAGAAACUAUGCUGGGAAAUCCCAGGGAAGUUAGCUAGGUUAAUCACACCUUCUCUGAGGUGUUUCAUGGCCUCCUGACUGUAAAGUACUCACCGUAGGUGUAGAUGGACUUGAUGCGUAUUCAUAGCGCAAGAAAAAUAAAACAGAGGGUCCCGACCAAGGCAUUAUUCUUCCUGACCUAAAGGUUGGCUAAUAUGUGUGGAUUACACUGCCAGAGUCUUUAAUAAGUCACAAUCAACCAGACUUUGGGACCCUCUCAAGCUUCGGUAUUAAGGCUGGAGAAACAGCAGACUGACACAAGCCCAGUUUGAGUUUCUGGAGCAACGUUGAUAUCAUUAACAACAGGGUACAACUGCAUACUUGUUAAUUUGCACAUCUAUUAGGACCUCAAAUAUCCAUUACUUAGUGUUAAGCCAACAUUAGGGAUGAGUGGCUUUUAAAUACCAUCCUUCUGACCUUAGAAACAGCAGGAAGUCAAAUGUAACUUCCAAGCCCUGCAUGAAAACUUACUGGGACAGUGUAAGAAGAAAAAUCUCUCCCAGGGAAGCCAGUAGUGAUCUUCGAAAUCCCUGCUUUUAAAUGAGCCCAGGAAGGAAUUCAAGAAGAAACACUCCUUUUAAACAUUUUAAUUUGGGUAACUUCUUCAUUGUUUCGGCUCGAGCUGGCCCACGUUUGAGGGCCAGAAAUGUUGAGAACUGCACUACCCCACGUUUGGGGGCCAAAAUGUCUCGGACCGUUCUGUCAAUGUUGGAACCCACACUGCCAAAAGCCUUGGGGGCUAAGUUGUUAGCCCGCACUGCCCCAAACAGGUCCGGUCUGCAGGUCAGGGUUCAGCAAGAGAGAGAGUGAGGAUAGACUGGAAGAAUGGAGACCAGACAGAGUGUGAUUCAAUCCCGUUUAUUCUUCAGUCUCUCUUUCUAGUCAAAGUCCCAAGUCUUGAGUUCCUAGUCCCUAGUUCCUAGUUCCUAGUCCCUAGUGCCUACUACUACUUCCAAGUUUUUCCUCCAAGUGCCAAGUGCCUAAUACCAAAUAAUCCUGCUUCUGAGUUCUCUAGUCCAAGUGUCUUCUUCCUCAAUGCCUAAUUCCUACUCCAAGUUGUACUUCAAGUUGUACUCUCUAACCUAAUUCCUAGUUCCAAGUUGUACUUCCAAGUGCCUAAUAAUCUGUUGCUUUCUUCUGUCUGCCUCUUGCUUUUUAUAUGUCUCACUUCUAAGCCACGCCCUUAAGUCACGCCUUUAAGUCAUGCCCUUAGGCCUUGUCUCUAAAUCUGAUCUCUAAGUUACUCCCUUAAGUCACACACCUUUAAGUCUCACACACCCAAGGGAAGAUCCUGGGUAUCUAAAGCAAGAUGUUAUCAGAGUGUGCUCAGUUGUUGUAGGCUAUUGUAAUCAUGUCUCUUAUCAGGGUAUAUGGCUCAAGAUGGCUGAAAGGAUGAUAGCCGCCUUCUGUCGGCUCCCCACACUUUACUUUUGUGACCACUUUGGAGUCUGCAGCCAACUAAGGACACCACCAGUUUAUAACCUGUUUUUCUGCCUUCACUGCCCUGGUCCGGUCAUCUGGGCAGCUCCGGACCACAUUAACUGUGCUAAUGAGAGCAUGGGUUGAUAGUUACAUGAUCAGUUAUGUAGGACUGAGCAUACGAACACUUUCCAUGUCUGUGGGAAUGGCUGUUUAUCAAUUACAAAAGAUACAAAAGCCAGCUCUCCAGCUCGCCUUUAGGUCUGGUCUGUGUAUCAGAGAACUGCAGUUGCCUUUUAUUCAGGAGCUAUGUUUAUGAUCAAGCCCAUUUCCUAUGAAGUUAGACUGUUUCUUUAACAAUGACUGUCACAGUGUUUCCUUAACAAUGGCUGUUCCAAUGUUUUACUCAGCAUAUGACUUCCUGACCUAUUGUUACAAACAGAGAACAGACUGAACUUGAUAAUCAUGUAACAAAGUAUUUUGUAGAUUACAUAUUGAUUUUUACAGAAUUAAAGAUGUAUUUCAAAUGGUU